UUUACGAAUAACGCUCAGACAAGCCGUUCAAAUGGAAAGGACAAGAGCUGCAAGAGUUAAUGUCAUGGUUAGUAACACGGCUAGUAACAAUAUUUUAGAAGCAUCUCAAAUAGCACCAAAUUCAGGAAUAAGAAAGCAAAAUAGAUUUUAA